AAUAACAAUUCCAUAUUUAAGGGAAAUAUGUUUUAAUCACUGCUAAAUUUAAAGUAUUUAUUCAUACAAUUUGUAAUAGAUAUUCCUGGUAACAAAGUAGUAAAGAGGAUAUAAAUAACAAAGAAUUAGUAGAUGCAGUAAUAAGCAUUCUAGGAUUCAGUAUAAAAAAUCUUCCAUCAGAGGUAUUUUUAUUGUUUGAUCAAUUAGAAAAAAAAAGAACUUAUUCAAUAAAUGUAUAGUAGAACAAUUUGGUUUACUUAUCGAAAGAAUUUUCCUUAAAUAUUAAGUAUUAUAUUACAUUUAUUUUUAGAUAGUUAGUAAACAUCUGAUGCUGGUUGGGGUUGUAUGCUAAGGUCAGGUUAAAUGAUUUGGGCUUAGAUAUUAAGAGUUCAUAUUAGGUAAAAGAAAUAGCAUAGCAAAGAUUAUUAAUAUAAAUUACUGUGUGCUUUUGCUGAUGAUGAUGAUGAUGAACAUAAAAAAUUGUUAACAAAUGAUUUAAAAGUUUGUUUAAGUCCUUAUUCAAUACAAAAGAUAGAAACUAUUUCGCAAAUAAAAUUUUCUACAAAACCCUGUUAAUGGUAUAGACCAGAUUAGGUUUUGAAUGCAUUUUUAUAAUUACAUUAAUUAAAACCAUUAGAAGGAAGUGAAGAUUUAUAAAUUUCUAUUUCAGAUAAUUUAUUGUAUGAUAGAUUGUAUUGUGAAAUGUAUGGUCUUUAAAUGGAUUGUGAACAUAUCAUAAAUGAAAUAAAAAUGGAUAAGACUAAAGAAAUAUCUAAAAUAUGCAAUAUUUGCUAAAAAUAACAACCAAAAUCAUUGGCAAUAUUUUUAUUAACAAGAAUUGGAUUGGAAGAAAUAAAUAAGGAUUAUUUACCAUUUUUAAAUGAUUUAAUAGAUUUACCAUAUUUUUAAGGGAUUAUAGGUGGAAAAGAUGAUAAAGCAUAUUACAUACUUGGAAGAGUGAAUAAGAAAUUAAUAUAUUUGGAUCCUCAUUAUAUUUAAGAACAUAUAAACAGAGGAAAUAUUUUGAUGCUGAAAGAGACCUUCUUUUGUAAAGAUGUAAAAUACAUAAAUGAAGAAUCAAUGAGUCCAUCAAUAGCAUUAGGAUUCUAUUGCUAAAAUUAAAUGGAAUUAGAUAAAUUCUUUACUACUGUAGAAGAAAUUAAAAAGAAUUAUAAUAAUGAUAAAAUUUUUGGUUAUAUUAAUAGAAUUACUCCAAAUUCAAUUAUUGUUGGAAUAGACGAAAAUGAUUUUCUCGUAAUUUAAGAUGAAGAUUUAUGAUUGAGG